AUGUUGGAUGUUGACACAAAAACACUUCAGACAGACGGAUGAAUAUCAACCCGCGAGUAGCUGUUUCAUUUCUGCAGGAUAUACCUUGAAGGCAUGAAUCCCCUUAACAUACUAGCUUUGGUAUUGUUUUCUCUCCAGAGUUUAGCACUUGAUUCCCAAAAUGGCUCGGUGUCCUUCCUUCGGACUUUCUCUGGUCACUUUAAAACCGUCAGCGGUGGGCCCGUAGACUACGUCGACCUGUCUUUAGACAGUUUGACUGAUGACAAUCGUUCUGUCUCAGAGUCGCCGCAGGAAUCGGCAAAAAGACACAGUUUGCACCACAAUCCCAAAAAGCAAUUUUUUGUCUCGCAGGAAACUAAAAGUUUCCUUCAAGGUCGCCUGACAACGAGCUUCGUCCCCACCGUUUACACCCUUGUCUUCAUUGUCGGUGUGCCCCUCAAUCUCGUCGCCAUGGUGAUGUUUGUGCAUCAAGUCCAUCCCAGAAAACCAGCGGUGAUUUACAUGCUGAACCUGGCCUGUGCCGACCUCCUGUUCGGCCUGCUCCUUCCCUUCAAGAUCGCCUACCAUUACCACGGCAACAACUGGAUCUACGGCUGCCUCAUGUGUCGAGUGGUCACAGCGGCUUUCUACUGCAACAUGUACUGCUCAGUCCUGCUCCUGACGUGUAUCAGCGUUGACCGUUUCCUGGCGGUCGUGUACCCCAUCGGCUCCCUGAGGUGGCGCGGCCCUCACGCCGCCUCAGCCGCGUGUGCCGCCAUGUGGCUGUUGGCCCUUGGAGGAGCGUCGCCCCUCCUCGUCUCCGGGCAGACCGUCUAUUUGUCGGACUUGGGCAUCACCACCUGCCACGAUGUGCAGGAUUUGGAAAAACUACGAGCUCACUAUGUUUACUUCUUCCCCAUCUACUCCUCCGUGUUCUUCUUCGUGCCGCUGGCCUUCACUGCCGUCUGUUACGUGCUGAUCAUUCAGGCGCUGGCAGCCGCUAAUGUCGCCAAGCGCUUCAGGAAGACCCGGGCCGCCGCGAUGGCCGCGGCUGUGCUGGCCGUGUUCGUGGCGUGCUUCACGCCGACCAACGUCAUCCUGAUGGUUCACUACGUUCGGCUGUCCCACGGCUCCAGCGACGGCUCCUACCAAGCCUAUCUGCUGUCCAUGUGCGUGGGAAGCCUGAGCUGCUGUUUGGACCCGUUCCUGUACUACUUCGCCUCCUCUCGGUGCCAGAAGCAGGUGGCAGCUCUGCUGACAUGUCGGCGACGGGCACAAGCGAAGAGCAGCUCGGGGAUACAGGCUUCAGCAACGGGCGGGAGGAGAGACAGCAGCAGGUCAUGCAGGAUGGAGAACAUUCCCACUGGCCCCGGCGUGCGUUUCUGAGACGUUUUGAUAUUUAUUUUGUGAGUUCUGAUUUAAAGAGUUUGUGCAAACAAUCGAAAUAGUAAUGUCCCCGAUGUCAUUUAAA